GUUUACUGCUUUGUGUUGGUCUCAAUUAAACCCAAAUAAAAUGUGCUAUGUUUUUAAAUCUUACCUAACAAAAUGUGAAUCUCAGAGAAUUGUUAAUACUAUUGAAAGAUAUGAUACUUGUAAUAUUCUUCUCCCACUGCACACAGCCAUUGCAGCCAAUUAAACUGAACUCGUGUUUUAUUGAACUGAACACGAAUAAAACUCGUGUUCAGGUUUAUUGGCUGCAUGGUGUAGAUGGAGAUAAAAAAUGGAACUGUAAUCUGACCUGAAUGAAAAACAGCUACUAUCAUAUUAUAUUUGUUAUACAAAAAGUUUUUAUGCAUCUAGAAAUACUUCUGUAUCUGGAGAUACAUUUUUGAACAGCAUUUAAUGCAGCCUAUUCAUUAUGAAAACAUAAAUUUGAUCAAGUUCUAAAAUAUGUGCGUUAGAUAUAGAAUAAUUCAGUCUCAGUUUUAUUCAAAUUGCACUGAAAAAGACGGGAAACAUUUGUAGCUUAGGAUAAGUGAACGUUUGAGGGACCGAAAACAGGAAGUAAUGAUUCUUACAACAACCUGCCAUUUUAUGCAUAGUCCGAAAGGUGGCAGUAAUGAAUUCAGUUCAUCUGUAAAUAACUAGUCGAAGAAGAAAUUCCAACCAAAACAGUCUGUGCCGUUUUUCAUUUGAAAAUGCUUUGCUCUUUGAAAAAAAAUCCAGGAGAAAAUAAGUAUCUCCAUGUUUUUGUUUGUUACUUUCCUAUUUCUUGCGUUUCUUUCUAACACAGUUUCCCAAAUUCUUUUAAAUCAGCCUCCAUGUAUGCUAAGGAGUUAGCUAAAUGUUAGCUAACUUAUCAAUUCUUUUCUCCGGGUUGAACUGAUGUCUAUCCGGCGGGUUCUGGUGGGUUGUACGGUGUUGUCUCUACAAGAUGCCUGUGUGUUUUAUCCCUGCUGCAAAGGCUGCUUCUCCCGGAUCGAUUCUGAACAGAGAGACACCUUAAGGUAUAGGUGCUCCAGGUGUGAUUACAGGUGUCUGAAGGAUCAGGUGGAGUACAGAUACCGUCUCUCACUGCGAGUGGUCCGGGAUACAUCCACAUUUGGUGUAACAGUGUUUGGAAAUAGUUUGAACUCCUUUUUUGGCAUCCAUGCAAGUGGGUUACAGAGGUUAGCUGAAAAUUCGGAGGGACCAAUUGGACCAUCAGCAAGAUCCACAUUGUUGGCAACAGCAGUUGAAGACUGUUUCCUCGGUAGAUACUUCAUCUUUGGUAUAAAGGUGAGCGGAACAGAACGGGAACCAUGGCUUGAAGAACCUGAUGGAAGUGACUCUGGCAGAAGAGAGAGAGCCCAGUUUGUUGCCAGUCAGAUGAUUCUUCCCCCAGCCUCAGGCCUGACUGGCUGCACCGUGCUCAGUUAUUAUCAGCGCCUCCUACAGAGAACUUCUGAGUAUGUAGCGGAGUCUGCUGAUCCCGGCAGACCGUCUGCAGCCCCCCUGCUGCUGAUUUCUGGUCCUUCUCCGAGCAGCACCCUCAGUGACGUCACUCUGUGUCCUUCAGGUCAUCUGUCCCAGGCGCUACUUCGUUUCCAACACCAGAACCAGUCAUUUACUUCCACCCCUCCGUGGCAGCAGUCGCUUGGACUUGUGACGUCCUCAGCAGAGCAGGAGGAACGAUCCAGUCAGGAUGGCGCAGAUCACAGCAGCAGACUGACAGGAUGCAGCCCAAUGCCACUUCCUGUGCAGAGAGUUCACACGCAGAACCACCCAGGCACAGAGGAGAGACCGGCUCCUCUAAAGCUAGAGUCCAGCUUUCACAGCCACCCCUCUUUUACUGGGGAUUCAAACUCCUCUUGUACAGGAAGUGUUGGAAACAGCUUCAGUGUGAAAACCUGCUGCAGUCCAUCACAGCCGAGGUACAAAAGCUGCAGUUUCACUCCGAAGGAGCUUCCCAUCACACAUCAAUCCCAAACUCUUUUAUCAAGCUCAUUUGCUUGGGAUGAUUUGCCUUUCUCUGAAAGUCUGUCCGAAUUUUUGUGCAAACAAGACGAAGAUUUAAAUGUUCUCGGUAAAACGACAAAUUUAAAUUUGCAGCAUGAAAAACAAACAGGGACCUUUGUAGAACUCGCAAACCGGUCAGCUGAACCAGCUUCUGCUUGUCUGAAUGCUGCAGAGAUAAUCUCCACAGACCACCUCCAAGAUGUCACCAAUACGCCAACAGUAGAGGGAGAGGGAAAACAUAUUUUAUCUGAUCGAGACUGGAAGAGCUGUGGUGAAUGCAUGAGCAGACCUGAAGACGGCAUGAUUCCGAGGUAUGAUGAAGGUUUUUUAUCUUUUGAAAAACAAGAAGAGCAAAAUGAAGUGGACGGUUACAACUGUUCAGCCGACUUAUUUGGUGACUCAUUUGUACACCCAACGACAUACACAACUCAGACACACACCGAGAGAUCACCUUCAGAUGCCAGUUUCCGGUUCGCUGAGAUGAAUGUUCAGCACGUAAAGAAUGAAGCCUCGAGUGUGUCAACGCCUGACAAACAGGAACUAAAAAGCAAUCUGUGCGCUAAAAGGGAUUCCAUAGGUCUACAAGAUUUCGACUUUAUUCCUCCUUCUCAGUCCACUCCCAUUGUCAAAGUAGGUGGGAUGACACGAUCGCCUGCAGUCACUUCCUGCAGACGUUUGAAAGAUGAGGCAUCAAAAGAAAAUUUAAGGUGGAGUAUGAGAUCCAGGAGGUGGAAGAACAAAGUCCCUCCAGGAAGGAGAUUCAGGAAGGAUGAAAAAUGUAAAGAAAGACAUCCAGUGGGGCAGCAGGUAGCGCGGCAAAGAGGAGCAAUUAGCUUUGAGUCAUCCAGUCCAACCAGUCAGAAACAUGACUCUGAAGGGAGCAAUGUGACUGUUUGUGAUUAUGACAACGCGGAUGGAGUUGUUCCUCCUACCCCUGCUCAUAAAAUACCCUUGAGUGUCUUAUUCAGAAAAAAAUGGCAGACGGAAAAUGGCCGCAGGGAUUCAAGUUGUAACAUGAGACGAUCUCCGGGAGAUGGAGGAAAUGAUAGCAGAGCUCUCUGGAAUCAGACUCAGGCAGUAUUUCAUGCUAAUGAGACAAAAGGUGAGAGAGAUCUUGAUGGAUCUGAGGAUCACCUCACUGAACCUGAAAACUGGUCAAGGGAUUUAUUUUCAGACUCUUAUCUGAUUUCAUAACUCUGCAAAAACAAACAAAAACAAGAACUUAUGUGCUAAAAAAUGAACAUGGAUCAUCUGCUGUCACUUUUUUUCUCUCUCUUAAUGAGCUUGUUAAAUAUUUAUUUCACUACGACAUGCAUUUUAUUGCAUGCUCUAAAGAUCAGCUCACAUUUUAUAAAAAUGCUUUUAAAAGUCAAUUAAUAACCUACGUCUAAGCAUUUUUUGUUUCUUACACAUUGUAUUUAAAAAUCAAUUGUGUUUUCUUUGUUGCAAUGUGUCGAACAGAUUAGAUUUUUCAGUUCUUUUUGUUUGACCCAUCAUAAUUAUUUUUUAAAUAUCAAUUAAUAAAACUAUUACAUCGUAGUUAUUUUAUAAAUGUCAACUAAUAAUAAUAAUAAGUAUCCAAAAUAUGCAUAUUGGUAGAUGCAUUUGUGAUUAUGUAUUUGCUGCUGAGAGGGAGGACAUAGCAAUUUAGUAGAGGGGUCAAAUACGUAACAAGGAUUCAUUUAACACCGUAGUGCUAAAUGAAUCCUGCCCUUCUUGGCAGCACCAAGACCCGGUGAGCAGACCUGCUGUUCCAGGUUCCUGUGUAUGGGUGUGUGCAUGCGUGUGUGUGUGCGUGUGUGUAUGCGUGUGCAGGGUCAGUUAUGUAGGGACGAGUGAGGACAAUGCCGUGCCAUAGAGCUAAGAUUAGCUGUCACGAUGGCUAUGUUCUGGAUGUCUGGGUAAAACAAAACGGGAGCAAGGCAAAGAUGAUGUUACAUGUGUAAAAGUGGAAACUGGACAGCCAGUCCACAGCUGGAGUCCCGCGCUGGACUGCGUGUGCUGGGGCUGGUAUGUGCUCACUGCUCAGCUGAGUGUGUUUGUUUGCUUUUAUUUGUUAUGGGUCAGGACUAUUAAGAGAUGGAGCAGAAUGGGAUUCUUCAAAUGUAGUCAAUGCUACAGAAAUGUAGCUUUUAUAGUCACAUUUGGCUCUGGCUGAAAUGGUUCUUACCUCUACCCUGGGUAGAGUGCCUUUGUAUUUGUCCAAAAAGCAAAUUUUCUCCAAAGGAUAAAGACUGCAGACUUAGUUGGUCUAAUUUUUUUUUUUUUUGUUGGCAACAGAAAUGUCAUAAAAAUUUCACUCAAACAUUUGGUUCACAUAUGCAAAAUGUGAGUGUAACUAAUCACAUUUGCUCUAGUUUUCAGAAUUUGAAUAAUUAGGACAACUUUGGUCAAUUUGGUCAAUGCUGCAGUGACUUGCAAAAAUAUUUGUGCUGUUUGAACUUUUUCCAGUUUGUCCCAGUACAAUCAGAAACUUUUGAAUACUUUAUUGUGAUGUUAUGUGAUUGAUGGCACAUAGUUGUAAGUAAUUAUGAAAUGGAAGUUUGUUUUGUUUUUUGUUUUUUUUUAAAUAUUUU